UAACCGCGAUACAUAUCCCCACUAAAAUUGCACAUUGGAUUAUGUUUUGUGAAACGCGUAGAAAAACUGCUCAGUCGCCGAUUUCAUUGACGUUCAACUGCAUACGUGCAAGUACGCGUUUAUCCUACAGUGGCUUAAAAAUAAAUCGCAGUGUUUAAACCACGUGAGUACGUUAGCGAUGGACAAGGAACAAUCAAAAAAGCUUCACAUACCUUAUCCAACAGGUCCACACGCAACAGGAUGUAUGGAAUUGAUGACAGAAUAUUCCGAAGAAGGAUGUUUUGCCAGGAUAUUUUACCCGACUAACAUUCCAUCUGAUCAGUUGGAUAAAUACUCAGAUAAAUGGGUUCCGUGGAUGCCAAAUGAAAUAUAUUUGAAAGCAUUUGCAAAUUCUCUUGGUUUACCUUAUUUCAUAUUCAAAUAUUUGCCACCAAUCAUCGGCCAAGGUAAUGAUUAAAUUUAAAUUUCCAUAAAUAUAACUUUAUCAAUGAGUGAUGACAUUAAUGAACUUUAAUAUCAAACAAUAAU